GUACGAUGGUGAUGAAUGCAAGGAAACUAGAGGAUGCUGAAAGCAAUUCUUUUAAGAAGUUAUUAGAAUGCGAAGAAGAGGCCAAGAACCAAGAAAUGGAGAAAAACAAUUUAUUGAACAUAUUACUGGAAUGCGAAAAAGAGAAAAACAACUUAAAGAACGAUUUGGAGAAAGCGAAAAACGAGCUGGAGAAGGCACAAAAACCCGAACAAAGGACCAUAAUAAUUUGCGAGGGAGAUGAUGGAGAAAUCCGCUGUGAAAACCCAAAAACGUUAAAAAUUGAGUCGGCCAUUUUUGGGCGCUCCGAAUCUCAGGCUGAUGUGUGUCCUUUUUCUGGUACUAGUAUCGAUAACACUAACUGCAGAUUGGAUGUACUUUACCGGCUAUCAGACCUAUGUGAUGACAAAACCCGCUGUCCUAUCCCGUCUACAAAAUCUGAAUUCGGUGAUGUAGAUCCUUGUCCUGGGACUUAUAAAUAUGUUGAAGUUACUUAUACGUGUGCUUAAAUUGAAGUUAGUUAUAUGUGUGCUUAAGUUGAAGUUACAUAUAAGUUAUACAUGUGCUUAAAUUGAAGUUACAUAUAAGUUAUACAUGUGCUUAAGUUGAAGUUAUCUAUAUGUUUACUUAAGUUGAAGUUAGUUAUACGUGUGAUUAAGUUGGAGUUAGUUAUAUGUGUACUUAAGUUGAAGUUACUUUUAUGUGUGCUUAAGUUGAAGUUUCUUAUACGUGUGCUUAAGUUGAAGUUAGUUAUAUGUGUGCUUUAUUUGAAGUUACUUAUACGCGUACUUAAGUUGAAGUUACUUAUACGUUUGCUUAAAAUGAAGAUACUUAUUUACAAGUAGUGUAUCUCAGAAAAGGAGAUGAAGUAUUUUGUUUCACAUUUUCAAACAAAUAUCUGAACUAUGACUACAAAUUUGUAUUCUUUUAAUUUCAUCUUGAGAAACAAACGUAACACUGACAAUAAGUUAAGGUCAUUAGUACCAACAAUCCAGAGAAAAAUAGCAUUUAUUAAAUAUCUUCUUCAUUUUGCCGUUUUUAGGUUUAUUUCAUGGUAAAAUAAGAUUAAAUUUGUAUUUAUUU